GCUGCGCACGGCACCGCCCCCGCCGCCCUCAGGAACCGCCGCCAUUUUGAAGCCGCUGCCGCCGCUGCCGGUUCAGUCCCCGCCGCGCUCCCCGCAGCGAUCUCCGCCGCGAUGCGUCCUGGCAUCAAACUCUUCGUGGGCAACGUCCCCGAGGAGGCGACGGCGGAAGAGUUGAGCGAGCUGUUCACAGGCGCCGCGGGGCCGGUGCUGGGCGUCGCCCUCAUGAAACAGUUCGCUUUCGUGCACCUGCGGGACGAGGCGGCGGCCGCGCGCGCCAUCUCGCAGCUCAACGGGCACCAACUGCACGGCCGCCGCAUCGUGGUGGAGCCAUCCCGGCCGCGCCCCACCAACACCUGCAAGAUCUUCGUGGGGAAUGUGUCAGCCGCGUGCACGAGCGGGGAGCUGCGCUCGCUCUUCCAGCAGUACGGCCCCGUGGUGGAGUGCGACGUGGUGAAAGACUAUGCCUUUGUGCACAUGGAGAACGAAGCCGAUGCUAAAGUUGCCAUCGAAAACCUAAAUGGGAAGGAGGUGAAGGGGCGCCGGGUGAACGUGGAGCUCUCCACCAACGUGCAGAAGAAGGGCACGGGCCAGGCGCCGCUGCCUGCCCUCGGCGUCGACAAGACCAAGCGCAUCGGCCUCGAGUACCGUGAGAAGUUCCAGCCCAAGAUCGAGGGCUUCGACCAGCAGCGCCGGGCGGCCGACGCUGCCUUCCCCUCGGCCACAGGCGCCGGCUACGCCACCACCCCCUCCCUGUACGAUUACCAGCAGCGCUUCGGCGCCAAGUACGAUGCCUUCGAUGCGCAGCCCCGGCCCGCCUCCCCCUCCUACUUUGGCAGGGACCGCAGCCCGCUGCGGCGCUCGCCACGCGCCGGCUACGCAGCGGUGUCGCUCCCCAUGACGGCGCAGCCAGCCGCCUACCGCGCCCAGCCCUCGGCCUCGCUGGGGGCCACGUACCGAGCCCAGCCCUCGGCCUCCCUGGGCGUGGCGUACCGCCCGCAGCCCAACACGGGCCAGGCCACAGCCUACCGCGCCCAGCCCUCGGCCUCACUGGGCAGCGCCUACCGCUCCCAGCCCUCGGUUGGCUCCCUGGGCGCCGCGGGCGCUCAGCCCGCUGCUGCCAACUCCCUCGGCUCCUACGGUGCCCAGCCCGCCACUGCCGCCUCGUACGGCGCCCAGCCCGCAGCCGCCAACUCCCUCAGCUCCUACGGCGUCCAGUCCGCUGCCCUGGCCUCAUCCUACAGCGCCCAGCCCGCCUCGGGCUACUCGGCCGGCUACAGCGCCCAGCCCGCCAUCGCCGCCUAUGGCGCCCAGCCCGCUGCCGGCUCCGCCGGCUCCUACAGCACCCAGGCCGUGGCUGUGCACGUGGCAUCCUACGGCACUCAGCUGGCCGCAGGCUCCUACGGCGCCCAGCCCAUGGAUGGGCAUCCCGGCUCCUACAAUGCCCAGCCCGGUGCCGUGCUGUCUGCCGGCUACAGCGCCCAGGCCGUGGCAGUGCACGCCAGCUCUUACAGUGCCCAGGCCGUGGCAGGUCACGCAGCCGCUGCCUACCAGCCCGUGGCCGGCCACUCUGCCUCCUACGGUGCCCAACCCGCGCUGUCCACCUCGUACGGCGCCCAGCCCACUGUAGGCCACUCGGCCUCGUACGGUGCCCAGCCGGCCACGGGCCUGCCUGUCGUCCUACGGCAGCCAGCCUGCGGCCGCCGCGCUUCCCGCCGGCUACGGCGCGCAGACGGGCUCCUCGCUGGCCGCGUCCUAUGGCAGCCAGGCCGCGCCGCCGCCGCUUCCUACAAGGCGCAGGCCUCUGCUCCGCUGACGGCCGCGUACGGGCGCAGGCCUCGGCGCCAUGGCGGCCUCCUACCCGGCGCAGCAGCCGUCCUCCGCCGGCGCUGGCGGCCGCGUACGAGCCCAGCCAGGCAGCGCCUACGACGGGCCAAGCCAGCUGGGGCAGCCGGGGGCUCCUUCCUGGGCCUGGCACAGGCCGCUGCCGCACCGCCCUACGAGCGCACCCGCCUCUCCCCGCCUACGCGCGCCGCCUACGACGACCCGUACAAAAAAUCACCUCUCUGGCUAAAAGGUACGGCUCCGAGCGCCGUCUGUCCGAGCUGGCCGAUUACCGGCGCUUAGCGGACUCGCCACUGGCGUACCGCCGCUCGCCCACCAAGUCCCCGCUGGACUACCGCCGGCUGCCAGACGCACACUCCGAGUAUGCCCGCUACUCGGGCGGCUACAGCGACUACCUGCCUCCCCGCCCGCAUCCACUCGGGCUACCAGCGCCGCCUCUGAGCUGGCCACAGCCCCACUGGGGCAUGGACGGUUCUUUUUCAGCCGAUUCUUUCUGGUUUUGCUGUUUGAGUUUUUUAGAAGGUUCUGCAGUUAUGGUUGGCAGUGGCCGCACGGUUCAUCCCCUGCUGGCGCUCGGUGCCGGUUCAUAACCCACCAGUGGUUGCAGCCACGCGGCUCAGACUCUUUUAUACCACGAGUUGUCCCAUUUUUGGGUGAAUUCCCCGUUUCCAGCAUCAGGCCUGGCACAGUGCCGGGGGUUUUUUAUGACUGUAAAUAAAUGCUGGGGUCUGCUCUGGUUCCCAA